UCUUAUUGCCGAUCGAUCUCUUUAUUUCCUCCGUCACACGCCCACCGAAUACCGACUUUCUUUCCUUCGCGCUUUUACUCUCCCGCCACAUACAGACCUGAAAUGGUUCACUCAACAGGCGAGGAACGCGCUGUACACCUCACACGGGAGGCGAUUGAAUUAGUAGACGCUGGUCAUCGUGAAGCUGCCUCGCGGAAUCUCCGAGAAGCGCUGUCUUUAGCCCCGGACAAUCCAGCUGUCAAGGAAGCUUUCAUUAAAAUCCAGGAAGAGGAGGCAACUGGUCACCACUUACUCGAUCUCUGCCGGCGUUACACUUCUCGCAAAGACGAAAGUGCUGGAAAGGAUGCCGCCCUGUAUCUACGCACGGAUGGGCUCAAGCCUCCGGAGGAGGUCGCCUUAGAAUGUGCCAAACUUUUGCUAGCGCACAAAGCACAUGCGUUAUCUUCGUUGCAAGAUGAUAUCAUUUCAGGGUUGGUUCGGCAAAAUGCCAGCGUUCGUCAGUUUUUCUCAGACAAGCUGCAGAUUUCCGUGACCACGUUCUUUGAUGAGAUGUACGAUAGAGGCGACGGCGCGGCGGUAUGCCUCGAUGCCGUCGUCUUGGAUUCUUCAGUAUGGCCCUCCGAGGCUGCUCGCUUGCAUUGCGAGCGCGAGCUUUUCCUGCUGUUCAUCGCUAAGCUCAUGGAGUCAGGCCAUGACUUGGACGGUCGCUCUCUGAAGGGAAUCGCGCGACUCCUGGCUGUCGAUGCGUCUAAGUUGCAGGACCAAAUUGAUGAUGAAGAAUUGGAUGUAAUCGUGUCCUCCUUGGAUCAUCGGCUGCCCCUUGAGUGGAGAAGUCAAGCUACUUUAGCGACCGUCAAGUAUCUUGAAGCCUCCAAGGAAAUCGGACAGAAUCGAUUCACCAAGCUCAUCUCUGCCAAACUUACCAAGACGCGCGUUGAUGACCAUAUCAUCGCGUUUUCGGCUACAGCCGCGGUUUUCCCUGUCAUCCCUGAGAUUGCGGCUACUCUGUUCUUAUCGGAAGGAUUCAUGGCUUCCCUAACGCCCGUAUCUGUUAGGGAUGCCAAGCGCCGGAGAGUGGAGGUUUCAGUGUUGGAACUGCUGAACGCUGCUUGUAUUAACAAGGCCUGUCGCGAAGCUAUCGCCAAGAAUUUCUCCGAUUGGCUUUCUCACACCCUGACUAACGGCAGCGAUGAGUCGUCCGAAUUGGCAGCGGUGGUAUUGGCUAAGAUACGCGUUUCUGACAAGGAAGCAUCGGGAUCUAAUGGUCAGGUGCAGGGUGACGAUGCGAGCGUUGCCGAAUUGAUCGGGCGGUUUAAGACCAUUAUGUCGAGUCGCAAGGGUGAGAAUGUUCAAAACGUAAUUGAGGGCUUAGCAUACUCCUCCGUGAAGCCGAUUGUGAAGGAACAGCUUGCCAAAGACUCGACUUUUCUGCGGGACCUGAUCAAGGUCUUGCAUGAGAACUUGAGCGAUUCCUCGGUUCUCUAUGGUGCCCUAAUGAUACUCGUGAACAUCACCCAGUUUCUUCCGAAUUUGAGUGAAGAACAAAAGAAGAUGUCACAACUCAAGUCGUAUGCAGAGGCUUCUCCCGAUGCCCGGGCGGGCCCAAAUCCCCUCGAGAAGGAUGAAAGCGUUAUCGCUCGUUGCAAUGCCGUCAUUGAAGCUGGUAUCAUGCCGCUUUUGAUUGAGUGCAGCAAAACAAAUCUCCCUUCCAUCCAGGGCCUUAUAGGCAAGAUCAUGCUUUCGCUGUCCCGUAAUCCGAAAACCAGAGGAACCCUAGCCCAGCAGGGCGGUGUCAAGCUUUUGCUCAAUAUUGGCACUUCGAGACAGGGGAGCUCUGGUUCGAUUGCAAACGAAGCCGUGCCUAAUGCCUCCCACGCCUUGGCCCGCAUUCUGAUCUCUGUGAAUCCGUCACACGUUUUCCCUCCAUCUGGAUUUCCGCAGGUCACUUCGGCUAUCCGACCCUUAACUGCACUCCUGGUGGUCCCUGAGGCUUCAGCGGACCAGCCCCGCGAUCUUUUGCCCAUUUUUGAAAGCCUUCUUGCCCUCACGAAUCUCGCUUCUCAUCCGGAUGAGAGCGCGCCGGAUGCCAUUGUCCGACAGGCAUGGUCAGUGAUCGAGGAUCUGUUGCUUUCCAACAGUCCUUUGAUUCAACGGGCUGCAUGUGAGUUAGUGUGUAACCUAAUGACUUGUGAGGCUGGGAUAGUGAAAUUUGCGGACGGCUCUAAACGGGCUGGGCAGCGCCUGCAUAUCUUGCUAGCUCUUACUGACGCGGAUGAUAUCGCAACCCGAAGAGCCGCUGGAGGAGGUCUAGCUAUGCUCACCGAGUUUGAUUCCGUCGUUGCUGCCGUCUUAGAUAAGCCUCGUGGCGUGUCGCUCUUGCUACGCCUUUGCCAGGAAGAUGAUGAGGGGCUGUUGCACCGAGGGGUGGCAUGCGUGCGGAACAUGAGCUGCAUCGCAUCAGGUGAUAUUGGCCGCGCGCCAAAGAAGCUCUGA